GAGUUCAAAUGGAUUUCUUUAUUUCUUACAGCGGUGCUUCAGUUUACAGCAGCAGCAGAAAAACUUCCCCUCUCCUUCACUGUCAGAGUUGGAGAUGAAGUCACUUUGCCUUGUAAAAAUUUAAUAGCCAGUCAGCAAAAUUGUGAAUAUACUACAUGGGUCUUCACUCAUUCAAACAACACAGCAGCAGUAGUGCCGGUUUUACUUGGGCAGAUUGGUGAAGAUGCUCUAUCUAAAUCAGACAGACUGAGUGUUACAGAGACCUGUUCUCUGUUUAUAAAGAAGGUCACGGUCGAGGAUGUUGGUUACUACUUUUGUCAUCAGUACAUAUCAGAAGAACAUGGUCCGGACUCUCUGGUUUAUCUGUCUGUUGUUACCAUGACUGAACGUAAGGACGCUGAUGAGGUGACGUUAAACUGCUCUGUGUCGACGUAUGGAGAGUGUGAACACACAGUGAAGUGGCUGUAUGAGGGUAAAGAUGUGGACAAAGACAUGAAGACAUCACAGUCUGGCUGCUACGCCACUGUGUCUUUCCUGGAUUCUCAUUUUAGUUCAAAGUCUAACUUGAAGUGUGAAGUAUCAGAUAUUUUCUCCGGAAACGUGCAGCUGUUCACCUUCAGCCCUCAGUCCUCAGGUGAGAAAACAGCUCGUACAGAUCGUUCUGCUCUGGACUACAUAAUGUUGGUUAUGCGUGUGGCUGAACUCCUCCUAAUUACUGUGAUUACUGUUCUUCUCAUCAGAGCUCGAGGAGCAAGACGAUGAAGGUGACGGUGCCUUUGGAGCCCCUGUUCCCUCUGUGAGACUCCACUGAUCAACAACUUCCACGUCAACAUCAACUCAAAAAAGAGAGAAGCAAACCUUGCAACAUAAUUUUGAGUAGUUUCUUAGGUGUUGAAAAACAUACGUCUAAAUUGUUUCCAUGUUUAAUAAUUUAGGCUUUAAAAUUUUGCUCACAGCUGUCUGUUUGUGUAAACGAGAGAUUAACGGAUUUUCAUUUAUAACACUGAUGUAAAACUUGUUUUUGUGCAAUUUGUUGUGUGUUUUUAAAUGAGCUUUCAGCCAUAACAGA